AUGGCGAUUGGUUUGUCACUUAGAAGCAUACUUGAUGCAAACAAGUUGACAGGGCCAAAUUUCAUUGACUGGUUUUGCAAUAUCAAGAUUAUCUUGAAACAAGAGAAAAAGGCUUAUGUCCUUGAUGGUCCUGUUCUCGAGGAACCUAGCGAUGAUGCUACAAAUGAGGAAAAGGAAGUCUAUAGAGUUUAUAUGGAUGAUCUUGAUCAAGCCACAAGUGUGAUGUUGGCUAGUAUGGCUCCAAAUCUUCAAGAGCAACAUGAAGCUAUGAAUGCCCUAGAUAUUAUCCUAAACCUUAAAGAAAUGUUUGAUAAGGAAAGUUGCACAAAGAGAUUCGACAUUUCAAGGGAAUUGUUUCGAGGUCAGAUGUUUGAAGAAAGCCCAUUAAGGCCUCAUGUGCUUAAAACGAUAGGAUAUCUCAUUCGACUUGAGUAG